AUGGCCUCGUUGGGGCCCGCUGGCUCGUUAGAUACCGAGCCUCUUAUAAGAACAAUAAAAGAUGGUGGCCUGCUCAAUAAGACCCUCAUGUCGAUAUGCGUCGCCGAGAGCAUGAACAAGACUGGAGUCAAAAGUGAGCUCCAGAACCGGAUCAUCGAGAGAAUUCGGUUAUAUGCGAACCAGAGGAACUUCACCAAGUUCGAGGCCCUAAGGAGCCUCAUAAACCGCCCGCUCGGUAAUUCCUCAUCUUCGCCAUACUCUGGAAUGGCGAACUCGUCCUCUCCAGCACGAAACACCCCAGCAGCAGUGGUGGCUCCGACCGGAUAUCCAGCCGCUGGCAGUAACUUCAAUAACGGCUUCAACAUGGGUGGAGGUGCCAAUGGCUAUCGAGGAUUUGGCCAGCUUGGAAUAAAUUUCAAGCCCAGCCCUUUCUAUACGAUCGAACAGCAACUAGGUCCUACUCAGACAUGUGAAAUCAUGCAGCAUCACCGACACACGGUAAAGAUUACGCUUCGAGCCUCAGAUCACCCAGCAUUGCAGACCUUAAAGGUUGAGCCAUCUCUACGAGUAAUGGUGCUUUGCGCCGCCGAAAAAGUUGGCCUGCAAGACAUUGCUUUCCCGCAUCAAUCUGAGAUCAAGGUCAAUACUGGGGAAGUCAAAGGCAAUCUUCGCGGUUUGAAAAAUAAGCCCGGCUCAACAAGACCUUUAGAUAUCACAAAAGAGCUUCGCUGCACCCCGAUUUCUUACUCCAAUGCGAUAGAGAUGACCUACGCAUUAACAACCAAGGCAGGUGGUGGUUUUCAAAAAUUUUAUAUGGUCUGUUACCUGGUAAGGCUGGUUCCUGUCACGCGAUUAGUCGAACGUCUCAAGGCCGGUCAGAAAAUCACUGAACAAUCGGUGCUGAAUGAUAUGGCCAUCAAAUCCCGCGAUACCGACAUCGUGACAACCGCAUCCGUGUUGUCAUUGAAAUGCCCUCUAUCGACGUUAAGGAUUAGCUUGCCUUGUCGUUCAGUAGCUUGUCGACAUAAUCAGUGCUUCGAUGGAACAUCUUAUCUACAACUUCAAGAACAAGCUCCCACUUGGCUUUGCCCGAUCUGCAGUAGAUCGGCCCCGUUUGACAGUUUGGCUGUGGACCAAUAUGUAGAGAAGAUCCUCAUCAACACACCCGACUCAGCAGAUCAGGUCACUGUUCAACCGGACGGGAAAUGGCAGCUACACAGCAAAAAUGACAACCCUUCACAAAGCAACGGCGUUGCUAGCGAUGACGACGACGACGACGAUCUCGUGGAGGUUACCAAAAACGGCGACAACGUGACGAUGGGAACCCCCCAGCCGUAUGGCUCAUUUCAAACUCCCUACAAUCAAAGAUCGGUCUCCACCUCUUCUGGUAUGCAGGGCUCAGUCAGCAGUAAACGGCCUAUCGCUGCCGUUAUCGACCUGACCUCGAGCGGCGAUGAAGACGAAGAGCCAAUCUCUAGGACUCCGAAACGCCAGCUUACGAACGGGUAUUCCGCCUCGUCCUCCGUCCCAGUCUACAGGCCUCAGCCGUCGAAUGGGUAUAAUCACCAAUUUUGA